GUUGUGAGAGGGUAAGUUUCAAAGACAGAAGGAGAGAGAAAUAAAGGAUUACUACUAUUUAUAUAGACAUCAUUCAGUAACAACCAAAGGGUUAUUGUUAGCCAAAGAAAGACAGUCAUUUUCUGAGAUUUUAUUUUCAACUUUGCUGGAUAUUUUUUCAGUUCAAUUAUAAAACUGUAUUUACAUUACAAUUGAAUUAAUCACAAUCACAAGUAAAGAUUAAUUGUUGACAAAGGGCCUGUAGAUAUAUUUCUUUGAAGACCAGUGUCUGCAACUGCUAUGCAUGAGGCUAUGUUAGCGGAGCUGUUAUUACUUUUUCUCCUGCUGCAUAACUCAUCCUGCACAGACCUUUCCUACAAUGUAGCAGAAGAGAAACGCCCUGGGACGUUGAUUGGUGACAUCGCUCAAGACACCCACUUCCAUGACCAGUUCUCUGCCCAAGAUCACAGCCAGAUCACUUUUAGUCAGCUUCAUGUAGGUUCAUCAGAAAAUUUUGAGCUUUUUAACAUUUCCAAGACAGGAAAGCUUUACACGGUUAAAAGGUUGGAUGCUGAAGCCCUUUGCAUAUAUGCCACAGAUUGUUUCAGGAUUCUAAAAUGUGUGAUCCAUCAAGAGGAAGCGUUUGUUAAAAUAUUAAAAAUAAAAGUUAGUAUAGAAGACAUAAACGAUCACAAACCAGAGUUUCCCGAGAGUCAAGUAGACCUUUGGUUCUCGGAAACUGAUGGAAGGGGCACAAAGCGAUCGAUAUCCAAUGCUAUAGAUAGAGAUGUGGGUAUCUUAACUUCCAAAAUUACAUACGAACUUAGUAAAGAUGUAGACGAACCAUUUUCAUUGACAGUUUCAAAAAGAGUUGACGGCCGGGCCAAACUUGAGAUUAUCCUCGAUGAAAAGUUAGAUAGGGAAGUGAGAGACCAAUAUUCUUUAGAAGUUAUUGCCAAAGAUGAAGGAUACCCACCACAACAAAGUAGUUUAAGGGUCCAAAUAUCCAUUUCAGAUGUUAACGACAACUCACCCAUUUUCUCACAAAAUGUUUAUAAUGUUUCCAUUAAAAAAUCCCACCCAAGGUCCAUACCAGUUGUAACUCUCUCUGCAACAGAUCUAGAUGCAGGUGAGAACAGUCGAAUAUUUUACCGUUUUAGUUCUCAGACUUCCAAUAUUGCCAAAGACUAUUUUGAUUUGAAUGAAAUGUCAGGGGAAAUCUUCCUGCGGAGAAGAUUCCCAUCAAGACAAAUACUAACCUAUAAAUUAUUUGUAGAUGUCAUCGAUGGCGGAAAUCCUCCCCUAAGUUCCACUGCUGUUGUAUUUGUAAAUGUUAUCAACCAACAAAAUAAAACUCCCCGUAUUGACGUUAAAUUCCUCACUUCACAAUCCGAAAACUCUGCAACAAUCUCAGAAGCCAUUAAGGUAGGAAGUUUCAUUGCCUAUGUGAUAAUUAUUGACGAUGAUAUUGGCCAAAACGGAGAGAUUUCUUGUGAACUUAACCAUGAUAAAUUCCAACUACAGAUUUUAGGCUCAAAAGAAUACCAGGUAAUUGCUAAAAAUCCCAUAGACCGAGAAGAACAAGACCAUUUUGAGUUUUCUAUAAUAUGUCAAGACAAAGGGACGCCUCCAUUGAAGGCAGAACGUAAGUUUUCAAUCCAAGUGACAGACGUCAAUGAUGUGAGACCAGAAUUUACAAAAGAUACAUUCAAGUUCCUCUCUUAUGAGAACCAGGCUCCAAAUUUCCCAGUUGGUUUUGUCAAUGCUACUGAUCCUGAUUUAGAUUCUGGAGGUGAACUCCACUAUUUCAUGUCUGAGAAAGAUGAAAAUACCCUUCCUUUUCAAAUAUCAGAAAAUGGGUUAAUCACCACUAAAGGCUCAAUAGACCGAGAAACUAAAGAAUUAUAUGAAUUUCCAGUGUUUGUCCGAGACAAUGGAAGACCUUCACUGAACACUUCUGCCAAUGUUGUUGUGGAAGUGAUGGAUGAAAAUGAUAAUGCACCUUUCUUUACUUUUCCAAGUGAGAAUCCUGCAGUUAUGGAGGUCUACUAUGAACCACAAAGUAGCAACAAUAUCACUUUUCUGAAAGCUUUCGAUAAUGACAGUCCAAGAAAUGCCUUCCUUCAGUUUGAAAUUGUUGGAGGCAAUGAAAGAGAUUUGUUUGCGCUUGAUUCUUAUAAUGGUUUGUUGUCUUUCACACGGGAUGUUUACCGAAAUGAUGCUGGUUCCUAUGACCUACAGUUCCUCGUCAAAGACAGUGGCAUUCCCGUUCUGUCAUCAACAACAACACUAACUUUAAUCCUAAGUGUCAGCAAUGACACACAGGAAAUGAUCAUGCAUCAGCGAACACAGCCGAGCGACAGAAUCCAUCUCAAUUUGGUCAUAGUUAUUGUACUGCUUUCUGUGAUAAUAGCCAUAUCAAUAUCGAUCUCGUUAACAGUUUGUAUUAUUCAGUGGAAAAACCAAUCCAAAGCACCAGAAAGUGGACGAGUCAGCCCAACAAUAAAACAAGCAGCUGAACAAAGUCUUUUGAAUUAUUCUGCUGAGCAAGAAAUAUUCCAUACAGAUCCGCAAGUAAACAGAAGGUCUUCAGAACAACAGAGUCUCAGUAAUUCCACUCUAUCCAGGAGACACAGCAAUGAACGUAGUUCAGCAGAGAUGUCUAUACAAGAACAAAAAAUAAUUAUUCCUGAACAGAAGAUGACUCCAGAACAAAUAGAAGCUGCGAAUAGAAGAACAUCGGAACAAAAGAAGAGGUUCAUCAAUCCACCAACACGGAGAACGAGUGUUUUAGAAGGAGAUAUUCUGCCACAUGAACAAAAGAUUGCGCUCAAAGAAAAAGCAGUUCAACGUGACAAUCGCAAAGUUGAACUUCCGACCAAAAAGAUUCCGGAAAAGAAGAAAGGCAAAGCGAGACGUCAUAAAAAAGAACCGAUUAUUAUUUGUGCUAAAAGCAAUGAACCCUUAAUCAAAAAGACUGCAGUGAUGGCAGCUGAUACGGCAGUAACCCCACCACCGCUAGUUUUAGAUAACACACCCACAUCGUCUCUGAAAUCAAACGCAACAGCAACAUCUUCUGGGAAAUCAUCUAGUACUACCGCCACAUCAUCACUCAAGUCCAAUGCAACUGCGACAUCAUCUCUGCAGUCAGAUACAAUAUCUUCAAUGAAGUCGAAUGCAACAGACCGAAGUGAUCCAUGCUCAAGUAUGCCAAAAGGUGCAUUCUAUCAUGUCCUUUAUGCAUCAGAAGAAAAACCUCCAUUGGAUGACAAGCAAACGUGAAAAUUAAUCUGACCGCAAAGUUCAGGUCAUUUGGUGAAAAUCAAUUAAAAGAGGUCAAUAUACUUGACCCUUAAACUUGACAACAUACUCUAGCAAAAUAUGUUUGAACUGUAUAUAUAUAUGUGUCUGUAUAUAUAUAUAUAUAUAUAUAUAUACAUAUAUAU